ACCUAUUUUGUUUAUAGGUUUUUUUUAACCCACAAUUCCGUUUACCUCUCGCCCCCGUUGCUAGGCGACAAUGAAGGACGCUCCGCGUUGAGGCUAACUUAUUAGCUAGCUGGAAGGAAGAAGGGAGGAAUCCUCAAAGCCUGCUACCUUUGAUGUGUAUGCAUGUUGCUGUUGUAACCAUGGCAGGGAGUCUCAUCAGUGCAUGUGUACAGGACGACAGCUGCCGCUGAAUAAUCAGGAGGGAGUAAAGGACAGAAGGACACAGGAAGCAAGCAAGGAAGGAAAGAGAAACAAGAGUGCACUAAGGGAGUAAGGAGAAGAAAAGCAGUAAUGUAACCGCUGUAAAACACCAACAGAAGAAGAAGUCGCAGAAGUGGCUGUCCCCACUUUGACCCCUUGACCUUCACUGUUUCGUCUUUCAUUGCUGAAGAAUAAAUAAAUGAAGAAAACAACGAAUCCAGAGUUUUCCUCUGCAGUUUCCCCAGAGCCUCUCACUGACGCUGCUGCCUCAGCACAGGCUCCCAGCACUGACAAGCCAGAGGGAAACAGAGCGAUGGAGGUAAAGCAGAAGACUUUGCGCAGGAAGUCUGGAAAAGAAGUAAAUCCAAAAGGCAAGGAAACAACGAGUCGAGCAGAGUUUUCCUCUGCAGUUUCCCCUGAGCCUCUCGCUGACGCUCCCAGCAGUGACACGCCAGAGGAAAACAGAGACAUGGAGACGAAACAGGAGACCUCGCGCGAGAAGUCUGGAGAAGAAGAAGGAGGAGAAGAAGGAGGAGGAGAAGAAGAAGUAAAUCCAAACAGCAGGGAAACGAGACAAGAGUUUUCCUCGGCAGUUUCCCCAGAGCCUCUCGCUGACGCCGCUGCAUCAACAGAGGCUCCCAGCAGUGACAAGCCAGAGGAAAACAAAGACAAGGUGGAGAAUGGCGUUUUAACUGCUGAGCUGAUUUCCAGACGCAUCUCCCAGAUGGGACGUUUUGGCAGUAGGCUGCAGCACUUGUACCACCACCUGGCUCUGCCUAAUUACAAUCUCAGUGACGUCUCCAUUUUGUGCAGUUACGUCCAUCUCCAAAAGCUGGAGCUGCCGCACAACAAAAUCAAAGAUUUGUCCUGCGUGAGCCACAUGCCCUACCUCUUCAUCCUGGACGCCUCUCACAAUCACAUCUCCGACUUCUUUGGAUUCCAGCCACCCAAGAACCUAAAGGUGGCCAACUUCUCCUAUAACCGCAUGACAAAGAUGAAGGACUUGUCAGCGUAUUUGUGUCUCACUAAGCUGGAUCUGGACUACAACGGUUUCAGUGAGAUCAGCGGACUCGAGCAGUGCACCAUGCUCACUCAUCUCAGCUUGGCACACAACAGGAUCUCCAGGAUCAGCGGAUUAUAUAAUCUGCCGCUGAGUCACCUCUGCCUCAGGGGGAACCAGCUGGAGAGGAUUGAAGGCUUGGAGACGAUAAAGAGUCUCCAGUUCCUCGACUUGUCUUUGAACCGCAUCAGGAGCCUCUCUGGUCUUCAGAACCUGUGCAUACUGAGCUCCUUAAACCUGAAGAAAAACCUGAUUAGUGAGAUUAAGGAGUGCAAGCACAUCCAUGAACUUUCCCUGCUGAGAGACCUCAAUCUGCUGCAGAACCCUGUGCAGGAGCAACAGGACUACAGGCUGUCGGUGGUUUUCCUCCUUCAACAUCUCACCAUGCUGGACCAAGAGAGAGUCACGGCUGAAGAGAAGGUGUCAUCGGUGAACAAAUAUGAUCCCCCUAUAGAAGUGGUGGCCGCCAGAGAUCACAUGACCCACCUGGUGUAUCAGCUGAUGCAGCCGCAGAUGUUGUACGACAGUACUUUACCCAGUGCAGACUCUCCUUAUCCUAUGCUGGUGCUGACGGGUCCACAAGGCUGUGGCAAGAGAGAGCUGGCCCACAGACUGUGUCAGGACUUAAACGAAUGCUUUGGAUACGGAAUUUGUCACACAACACGAGGUCCCUACUUUGGUGAAGAAAAUGGAAUCGAUUACCAUUUUGUCAGCGAGGAGGACUUUCAGAACAUGAUUCACAUGGGUAAGUUUGUCCAGACCAUGCAUUACGGGGGUCACCGCUACGGCCUGACCAGAGACGCCAUCGAGGAGGUGGCCAGAGAAGGACUGGCGUGCUGUGUCCAUAUGGAGCUGGAAGGCGUGUUGAGUCUGAAGAACAGCUUCUUCGAGCCGAGAUACGUCCUCCUCCUGCCCACUGACGUGGAGAAGUACACGGGCCACCUGAAGAGCCGCAGCAUCUACGAGCCGGCACAGAUUGACGUGGCUGUGUCGCGUAUAGACCUCUACACAAACACCACCGAGCAACAACCGGGAUUCUUCGACAACGUUAUCCCCUGUGAUGACUGGGAGGAAGUGUACCCAACGCUGAGGCAGAUAGUGAAGGAGUACCUGUUGUCAGAGGAACUGAAGGGAGAAAACAACAACAGAGCAGACGACGCCUCCACAGCUCACGAGCCGGACGAAAAACCGCCCUCGCCGCUAUCGACACUCAUGUCGCACUUUUCCACAACUAUUGACCCUUCAGAUCCUGCUCACGCAAACUAUCUCGCCAGAAUCCAAGCAGAGCUUAGUCCACAGAAGAACCCCACUGAGCUCGCUUCCAUCAGGAGGCGUGAGCAGCUGGUGAGAGAGGCUGUAAUGGGGAAGAGUCCUGGGGUCUACAGCCUGCUCUUCAAAAGCUCUACUCAAAAUGUGCCGUCCUCACAGCAGAAUUCUGAUGAACAGCAUCUCGAGGAAAACAGGGAGACACACACAAAAUCAAGUGGUUCGGAAGAAUCUCAUGCCAGCACAGCACUGUCUGUGCCCACUUCAGCCGCAGCCUUCGAGGAACAAGUCAAUGGCUCUGCACUGGGACACGCCGUGGAAACACCUAAAGACCACCUGGAGUCAGAGCAGUCCGCCAACACUUCCCGCGCAGACUCGGAUCACCUCGCUGCGGUUGCGUCGUCGCCCUCCUCCGACCGACGUCCCGGGUCCAACAUGAAGCCCCUCCUUCCGCCGAUCCCCGCCGGACGCAAGACGCCGUUAGUGCCCAGCAUGAGUCCGUCUCCGAGAGGUAGCCCAAACACAGCAGCCACAGAGGAGGGGCAAACAAACACGGAGCAGUAGAUUCUUAUGGUUGAUAAGUCUGUCAGUACAAGGACAUAAAUUAAAUUGCUCUCUUGAUCACGUGAAUUAAAAAGAACAUUUAUCGUCAACCACAAAACCACAGGUCCUGUUGCUGUUUCACAGACUGAGUCACAGUUUCCUGCGCUUUGUCUGCACUUGCCCGCGUAAGUGAUACCAGCACUGACCACACAGGGGACUACUGCACACCUGUAAUUAUAGGUAAAAGUGAGCUUUUCCUCUCUUGUUGAAUUACUGUCUCCUUAUUGACACACGUCACUUCGUCCACUUUGACACAGAUCGACGAGCGUGUCUCUCUCACGCGUGACGAAUAAAUACAGUAUGACUG